UCCAGCCCGCGUACGGUCGCACUAUUAGUCAGAAACACCAAUUUUUUUUGACUAAUUGGUCAAAAAACGGUACAAAAGAUAGCUUAAUUGCUGAAAUUUCACCUGACGCAGCCAAUUUCGAGCAGCAGUAGAGCAGAGCCAGCCGCAGGGCGACCGUAAACCAGCAGAGAGCACCGCAAACAUCGCCGCAAAGUGGACAACUCCCAGUUUUCCGAACACCUGCCCCUCAGAAAGGAGCAUCGCGACAAAAAGGCGAGACACCUUCGUCGCAGCAGAAUGUCUUCGCUGUCCGCGUCCGCGGAGAAUGUGUCCAGCCUGGGACUGGGAGCAGGAGGAGGGGCGGCCAACUCCCACGACGGCAACUCCCAGCAGGGCUCCGGCUCCGAUGGCGGCUCCAGCAUGUGCCUGGAGCUGGCCCUCGAGGGCGAGCGCCUCUGCAAGGCGGGCGACUGCCGCGCGGGCGUGGCCUUCUUCCAGGCGGCCAUCCAGGCCGGCACCGAGGAUCUGCGCACCCUGUCCGCCAUCUACUCGCAGCUGGGCAACGCCUACUUCUACCUGGGCGACUACAACAAGGCCAUGCAGUACCACAAACACGAUCUCACCCUGGCCAAGAGCAUGAACGACCGCCUGGGCGAGGCCAAAUCCUCCGGCAAUCUGGGCAACACCCUGAAAGUUAUGGGUCGCUUCGACGAGGCGGCCAUCUGCUGCGAGAGGCAUCUCACCCUGGCCAGGCAGCUGGGAGAUCGCCUGUCCGAGGGUCGUGCCCUCUACAACCUGGGCAAUGUCUACCACGCCAAGGGCAAGCACUUGGGCCAGAAGAAUCCCGGCAAAUUCGGCGACGAUGUCAAGGAGGCGCUCACCCGUGCUGUGGAGUUCUACCAGGAGAACCUGAAGCUCAUGCGGGACCUGGGAGACCGUGGCGCCCAGGGACGAGCUUGCGGCAAUCUGGGAAACACCUACUACCUGCUGGGCGACUUCCAGGCGGCCAUAGAGCAUCACCAGGAGCGUCUGCGCAUCGCCAGGGAGUUUGGUGAUCGAGCGGCCGAGCGCAGGGCCAACAGCAACCUUGGAAACUCGCACAUCUUCCUGGGACAAUUCGAGGAUGCCGCCGCUCACUACAAGCGCACUCUGACCCUGGCCGUCGAGCUGGGCGAGCGCGAGGUGGAGGCCCAGAGUUGCUAUAGUCUGGGCAACACCUACACGCUGCUGCACGAGUUCAACACUGCCAUCGAGUACCACAAUCGGCACCUGGCCAUUGCCCAGGAGCUGGGUGAUCGGAUCGGCGAGGCCAGGGCCUGCUGGUCACUGGGCAAUGCCCACUCGGCCAUUGGGGGUCAUGAGCGGGCCCUGAAGUAUGCGGAGCAGCACCUCCAGCUGGCCAAGGAGCUGCACGACCCGGUGGGCGAGAGCACUGCCAGGGUGAACAUCUCCGAUCUGCGAAAGCUGCUGGGAAUGCCCGAGUCGGAGCCAUCGCCCACCGAGGAGGAGGCCAGAUCCACUGCCUCCGAUCACUCGGCCAGCGGAAAUCAGUCGGAUGGAUCGGAGAACUCGCAGGGAAGAAUGGUGCGCGUUCGUCGCCAGAGCAUGGAGCAGCUGGACCUGAUCAAGAUCACUCCCGAUGGGAAGCGCAUGCAGGAGGAGAAGCACCGGGCACAGGCGACCGGAAAGGCCAAAGAAGACGACUUCUUCGAGAUGCUCUCGCGUUCGCAGUCGAAGCGCAUGGAUGACCAGCGCUGUUCGAUCAAGACGAACGCCGCUGGAGCUCCGGCGGUGGCCACGGGCGCCACACGCAAGCCGCUGGUGCAGCAGAACUCGCUGUUCGUGGAUCCCACCAACCUGCCCGGCUUGAAAUCGCCUUCGUCGGCGAAUCCGGCUGCCAUUGGCCAUGGGCCGCUAGCCAGGAGUGCCACCACUACUCAGCAGCCCGAUGACGACUUCCUGGACAUGCUGAUGCGCUGCCAGGGCUCGCGGCUGGAGGAGCAGCGGUCCGAGUUGCCGCGCCCCAAUGUCACAAUGGAUGCAGAGGCAGAGGCGCCACCGCGAUCCGUGCCAGAGGCAGCCGUUGCGGGAGCAGUACGCGGGCAGACUGGUCGGGGAGCCACCGUUCCCGACGAGGACUUCUUCUCGCUGAUCAUGAAGGUGCAGAGCGGUCGCAUGGAGGAUCAGCGCGCCUCGAUUCCGUUCCGAAAUGCCAACAACAACAACAACAGCCGGAGCAACAACAAUGGCUCGGCCGGCGGAGCUGGAAAGUAGAGAGAAAAGUCCAGAGCAAGAAUAGAGUCCAACCAAAACAAUCCUAUCAAUCCAUCCCAGGCCGCAGCUCCCAAACCAUUUUGUUAUACGUACAUCUUGCGGCCAUUUAUUCAGUCGUUUCUCUCUUGGCAAUUGGCUGCUAAACCUUUUGUUCUUUUACAAGUUUUAUAUAUAUAUACACUCACACAUACGAGAAGAAUUAAUUUAUGAUAGCGACUAACCACGUAACCAAAUAUUAGGGGCGUAUAGGGCCCCGCUUACACGAACAAACGGAGAAACUUUCAUGGAUGCACUCACUCAUCCGGUCAUGACUCAUUACACACACUCAUCGUAGAGUUGGCCAUGAUAUUGAACAAUCUGCACUCGAGUUUUACGAUAUUAACGUUUGAAUUGCAUGUGCAAGUAGCUUAAGCAGAAGGUAUACUAAUCCAAUUUGCUCAAUAGACGGAACCAAGUCUUCUCUUUACGAUCCCACGAUGAUCUUACACUCUCUUAACCGCAUUCAGCUAAACGAUAAGUUUUAGGUCUAACAAACCACCCUACAUAUAAGCAAUGCAUUUUCCAAAUCAAAAAUCUACAACUAUUUCCAAUUGUAACCCAUGAGUAUUGCAUUUUUCUAACUAUCGAUAAUAACUCUGAACGUAUAUUUUAAGCCACUUACAAUUUUUUUAGAUAUUAGCAGGACACUGAGGGCAGCUCGGACUUCCGUUUGAGGACCGGCGCCUUGGGUUUGGCACUCUUAGCAUACGAUAUACAGAUCCAUACGUACACAUAUACAAGAUACAUAUGAACAAAAUAUAGUUAUACCAAUGUCUGGCGAUUGGCCUUUAUGGCCAUUGUUCUACACAAUAUACGAGUAUACACAACAGAAACAAAAACACAAAACUAAGUUCGAGUUACAAGAAACGAAAUGAAGCCAAAAUUUAUUAAUGUUAUACGUUUAUGUAGCACAAAGGAGGUGCGCUCAUGAAGCUAAUCGAUCGGUCUUUAUGAUAUACAGCUGAAAAACAUACCAUACAGGCGGACACUUAUGUCAUGUAUUAUUAAAUAUUAAAAUCAAAAACUGUUUGCUGA